GUGCUGUCCAUCUAAACCAGGCGUGCAGCUCAAUUAUGGCAGGUGAAGAUGGAUGGUGCUGCAGGUCACCUCAAGCUGUCGCAGUCAUUUUGCUCCUGUACUCUUUAGCCCCGAGUUUAACUUGUUUUAGCUUGCGAGGGCUGAGCAAAAAUGCUAAACAGGACAAGGUAGUUGAUGAGGCGGCAGUGAGGACAGGAACCGUUCUUUUCAAUGGGAAAGAGCUGAACUCUGGGUCAGGAUCUGCCUCUGCUGCUGCCCCACGUAACAAUGGUUUGCCGCAUGUUGAUUCCGAUCAAUCAGAAGAGAUGUUUGCACAGGCAUCACAGCUGAAGGAAGUCAUGGCCAAUGAAGCAGCAUGGAAGCGAUUGAACCCUACACUGCAUUGUGGACAAACCAAGAUGAAGUUUAAAGCCAUGGGACCUGGAGCGGUGGAUUUACAGCUAAAUAUUGGCAAUGAACGUCCCCUUCCUCUGAUCCAGUUGCCGGAAACCUGUGGCUACUUGAUGCAGCAGAAUGCGUUUGGUCUUGUUUUGGUUGUUCCUUAUGACGGCUGCAAUGUUAUACAAGAGAAUGGAGACUAUGUUGUCCCAAUGAGAUGGUUGGAUACCCCAGUGACAUUAAUGUGCCCCAUCUCGCAAAGUCCAGAUGCAACGACUCCAAAACCUCAGCAUGCCUGGAAACAUCCUUUACCUCACAGGCCCUUGAACUCUUAUCGUCCUAAACGACACGCAAUUCACCCCCUUUCCAUGUACGAUCCUAGCAGUCAAUACUAUGCCCAAUUGUAUUACUAUUACAUGUAUAUGAGUCAAGCCCUUGCCACUGCGCCUCCUGCAACUACUGCGCCUCCUGCAACUACUGCGCCUCCUGCAACUACGACUCCUCCUGCAACUACUGCUCCUCCUGACACAACCACAGAGAAGCAUCCUGCUUACCCUCCCUAUAUGUAUUACUACCCUUACUACUCCUACAACUACCCUCACUACUCCUACAACUACCCUCCAGCAGAACAGUUACCAUCAAACAGCUCAGAAAUUUACUACUACCCAAUCAUCCAGCAUUUCUACGGAAGGCCUCAAUACCCAAAUAAUCCAAGCGAACCGAUGCAAACAACUCCGCAGCCUCCUGCUUCCACAACUAAGCCAGGUGACACGGUUAAACCAAGCUCUACGGCAAAUCCAACUUCUGCUUCUACAGCAAAGCCAACAAAAGCGUCUUCUCCCUCCACAACAACGACUAAAGCAUGUUCCCGCACUACACCAACCAGCAGCAGUGGCGCCUAUCCAGGCACAAUGAAACCAUUUGUUGAGUACUAUGCCCUCCCCUUCACUCCUUUUGUUUCAUACAAAUACAAUAAGGCUGCCAAACUCCGAGAUUACCAAAAGUAUAUGCCUCAAGAUGGCUACAAAUCUGGACUCCAGGCUCGCGAAUAUCCACAUCCGAGCAUCAACUGGCAAGAUGUGCCAUGGUUUCCCCACUUUGCAGGACAAGACAUUCCUCAAAUUGACUGGAAACAUUUCCAACAUAAACAAGUUUGAAGUCCUAAGGGGGCUGGUUUCCUGUAAUCCCGAGCCUUCAAUAAAGAUGUUUACUUGGAACUUUUUCUUAUUCAAGCUUUGAGUGUCAUGCAGGGGUUUCUCCUCUUGUGCUAAUCUUGUUGGCACAACCCUGGGGUUGGACAGUGGUAGGACAUGCAAUUCAACAUCAGGACUUUAAUCAAAAUCUCUCCUAGUUGAUGGGAAGUCUUGAAAGGUCUAGUAACAUCUGAUGGUGCCUAAAUUGUGGUUGAACUCCUUGGUAAUGGGCAAAAUACCCAAAUCUGAGCACUCGAUGGAUAAACUAAAGCAGAGGUUGCUAAAUACCUGAGCAAUGGGCUAAAAGUAAAAUGCGUUCAUUUUUGCAAGUUACAGGUGAACAAAUUACUUCUGCACAAUAACUUUGUAGUUUGCUAGUGGUUUUCCUUAAUCAAAAGACUUAACCUUUAUUGGAAUUCUUUUAAAUUAAAAAAACCUGCCAACCCCCCUUCAAAGUCUUUCC